AUGAUGCCGGCCAUUGCCAACUUCAAGCUCUUGUCAAAGAGCUUGGCCGUGUUGCUCUUCUCGCUGUCACUCAUCACUUCCUCUGCGGCAGGAAUAAUCCCCCCUCGCAUCGAGUCCCAGAGCCGCGAAAAUGGUAACCCUUCGAAACCGAGCCCUCGCCGUUUCGGCUUCGUCCUUCCCCGGGCCUUCGACGCGGUGGACAUCUUCGGGCCCAUCGAGAUCCUGCAAGCCCUCUCGCGGCAGACCCAUCUCGAGCUGGCGCUCCUCGGCCGGACCCUCGAGCCGGUCACGACGGAGCCGGCCAACGCGGCCAUGAACAAGUUCAACUCGUCCUUCUGGCCGCGGAUCGUGCCCACCCACACCUUCGCCGACAGCCCGGCCCUCGACGUGCUCUUCGUCCCCGGCGGCGCCGCCGCCCGCAGCCCGGACCUGGGGCCCGAGAUCGCCUACGUCCGCGACGUCUUCCCCUCCCUCCGGUACCUCAUCACCAUCUGCACCGGCGCCGGCAUCGCCGCCCAGGCUGGCGUGCUCGACGGCCACCGGGCCACCACCAACAAGGCCGCCUGGGACGAAAUCACGGCCAUGGGGCCCAACGUCAAGUGGGUCUCACCCGCCCGCUGGGUCGAGGACGGUAAAGUCUGGAGCUCGUCAGGCGUCGCCUCCGGCAUAGAUCUCACCUUUGAGUUCGUCAAGCAAAAAUACGAAAACGGCACCGCCAUCGCGCAGAUGAUCGCCGGGCGUAUUGAGCACGUCAUCGUCUCGGAUUGGCGAGAUGACCCUUUCGCCGAUCAGUUCAACGUUCCGCCAUCCAACUAA